AUGCAUCCAUAUUUUAUGGAUUUCCCCCCACUAUCUAUGCUAGAUUCACCACAUGCCCGACGCAGAGAACAUUUGAACAAGCGCCAGUCUCAACCUCCUCCUGGCGUUAUUUCAUUCUACCCCGCCACGCAUCCCACGGAGCCUUUCACAGAAGGCUACCGUCCCGAGAUCCUUCCCCAAAAAGCCCCCCACCUCACCGUCCUGGAAAUGACAUCCCCUGAGCAAUUCAAGCACUGUCACCAGCUCCUCCGCACAUCCCUCCCCACCGAUACUGACGCGGUGCGGGACAUCAUGCCACAGUCUAACGGGUUCGUGCAUACCGUGCUCCAGGCAUACAACCAUCAUCGUGGACUCAUCCUUCGCCCGGAUGACGUCUGGAUCGCGAUCCUCACACAAUCUAGCUUCUUCGUCCACAGCCACGCAGAGCAACUCCGUGCGAAGUUCGUGGCGCAUGAGGGCAAGGAGAAACUUGUCGUCACUAGCGGUGCAAAUCGUCACAACGCCAAUUUCGCGCAAAAUGGCGGAGUUAAUACACACUCGGAUUGGAUUAUGCCGAACUUCUCGACGACGACUGAUGUGGAUCGGACGGUGUAUGCGAUGACCAUGAUGGCGACGAUGAAAGACUAUGCGUUUCGGCUGCGCUGUGGGACACCACGUGUGACGCUCCUCAGCGAGAAGCGUGACUGGGAGGCCAUCCUUGAGCGACUAGAGCGAUUGAAACAGUACGGGAUAGAAACAAUAGCAUGGUAUCACCUCCUGCACUCGCCCAGAAAACCUCGACUUCUGGUCGCGCACUACGAGGGGGGCGGGAGCGGGCCUACCUACAUCUCAGGCUGGAUCACCGCAUUCUGCGUAUUCAGUGGACGAGGCGUAUGGCAGGGCACUCCGUUGAACGCCGAGUGCAUGCAGAAAGAUGUGGCGUUGCAUCCUGCAAAUCCGCAAUCGCCAAGUGUGGCUCAGUUCGCUGCGGUGUACGCCGCGUGCGACGCGAGACGCCCGUUCCUCGUUCUUCACGGGACGCCGUACCCAAGGAUAGAUAAUGGGCGUGUGCCGUGUGGGUACGCACACGUAGAUGUGAAGCUGGAUGAUAAUGGGAAAUUGUUUGAUACGGUGAUCGCUGUGGGCUCGGUCGGCGCGCAGAUCUGCUCGAUUGAUGAUCUGUCUAGGAAUGGGAUGCGGGAUAGUGUAAGACCCGUGAUGGGGUAUUGGUACUUCAUAACCGAGAAGGGUAAUUGGUGGCCCCCACUUGUAACUUUCAAUUUUUGUCAGAGCUUUGUGAAAUAG